AUGGCGACCCAAAUUGAAGCAGAUCCUGAGCUGGAUUUGGGGAAUGAGAGUGGGAGUGACAUCUCUGCUGAGAGCGACACUGAGUCAACGGCGUCUAUCACGUCAAGUAUCUUCGAGCAUCGAUAUUUCCAGGGCAGGGCGUAUGCCAAUCCCAAAUAUGGAAGACACUGGGCCCCCAAUGAUGAGGAACAACUCGAAGCUCUUGAUCUCAUACACCAUUGGUUAACACUAAUGCUCGAUGACAAACUUUUCCUCGCACCCAUUGGAGAUAAUCCCCAGGAUAUUCUAGAUAUCGGUACCGGCACCGGGAUAUGGGCUAUUAAUAUGGCAGAUGAGUUCCCAUCUGCAAAAGUUGUAGCAACAGACAUUACGCCAAGUCAGCCAGACUUUGUCCCACCGAAUCUCGAAUUCCAGAUCGACGAUGCCCAACAAGAAUGGACAUUUGAACCUGAAUCAUUCGACUUUAUUCACAUUCGAUAUCUGCAAGGCUCCAUCGAAGACUGGGAUAAGCUGUACAGCCAGGUGUAUAGAUGUCUUAAGCCUGGCGGGUGGUUUCAGCAUAUUGAACCCGAUCUUCUGAUGGCUUCCCAAAGCCCUGAUGUAAAAGUGGAUGACAAGCAGUAUACCUCUCCGCCAGCCCAGCAUAUUCAAACACUGACAAUUGACCCUAGCAUCUAUACCCGCUGGGCAAACAUCUUCAACGAAGUGGGCCAAAAGACCGGCCGAACAUUCGACUUCUCCAACCGCAAACUCGAAAAGCUCGCCGAAACCGCUGGCUUCAACAAAGUAACCUUGCAGACCCACAAGAUCCCUGUUGGACGCUGGCCAAAGGACAAGAAGAAGAAGGAGUUGGGCACGUUUGUUGGGUUGUCGUUUAGCCAGGCCCUGGAUGGGUUUGUCAAGCUGCCUUUGUGUGAGAUUCUGGGCUGGAGUCCAGCGGAGAUGCAGGUUUUUGCGAUGGAAAUGAGAAAAGUGCUGAUGAAUCCGAAGACGCAGACUGUUGGACAUGUGUUCAGUGUUUAUGGACAGAAACCCGGGGUGCGGACGGGCGCCCCGGCAUCUGAGUAG